CUGUGGCGGCGGCGGCGGCUGUGGUAGUGGCUGCGGCGGGGGCGCUGGGGCGGCAGUGGCAGCAACAGCCUCGAGGAGGGUGAGACGGCCGCGGUGGCGGCAGCUCGGAAGUCGGGCGGGACCUCGCGCUUCCCGCUUGUCGCUGGCGCUGAGGCUUCUGCUUCCCCUUCUGGGCUUCUUGCCCCCCGCCCUGGCUGGGCAGGGCAGAGCGCCCCCGGGGAGGGGCGGAGCUGUAGAUAUGGUGUAAGAUAUUCAAGAUUGGACAGCUGGUGACCUGAUAUUUCUGAUAGCCUUAAGCUGACUUACAGCCAUAGAGAAAUCUCUCCGUUUUUGUUUUCUGCUUUACAUCUUUCGUGGCACCUAAGUUCACCUUGCAACCAUGUAUGGAAGUGCUCGCUCAGUUGGGAAGGUGGAACCAAGCAACCAGAGCCCUGGGCGUUCACCUAGGCUUCCCCGUUCCCCUCGCUUAGGUCAUCGUCGAACCAAUAGUACUGGAGGGAGUUCUGGAGGCAGUGUUGGAGGUGGCAGUGGGAAAACCCUUUCAAUGGAGAAUAUACAAUCCUUAAAUGCUGCCUAUGCUACAUCUGGCCCUAUGUACUUAAGUGACCAUGAAAAUGUGGGUUCAGAAACACCAAAAAGCACCAUGACGCUUGGCCGUUCUGGGGGACGUCUGCCUUAUGGUGUUAGGAUGACUGCUAUGGGCAGUAGUCCCAACAUAGCCAGCAGUGGGGUUGCUAGUGACACCAUAGCAUUUGGAGAGCAUCACCUCCCUCCUGUGAGUAUGGCAUCCACUGUACCUCACUCUCUUCGUCAGGCAAGAGAUAAUACAAUCAUGGAUCUGCAGACACAGCUAAAGGAAGUGUUAAGGGAAAAUGAUCUCUUGCGGAAAGAUGUGGAAGUAAAGGAGAGUAAAUUGAGUUCUUCAAUGAAUAGCAUCAAGACCUUCUGGAGCCCAGAGUUGAAGAAAGAGCGAGCCCUUCGAAAAGAUGAAGCUUCCAAAAUCACCAUUUGGAAGGAACAGUAUAGAGUCGUGCAGGAAGAAAACCAGCACAUGCAGAUGACAAUCCAGGCUCUCCAGGAUGAAUUGCGGAUCCAGAGGGACCUGAAUCAGUUGUUUCAGCAAGACAGUAGCAGUAGGACAGGUGAACCUUGUGUAGCAGAGCUGACAGAAGAGAACUUCCAGAGGCUGCAUGCUGAGCAUGAGCGGCAGGCCAAAGAGCUGUUCCUUCUACGAAAGACCCUGGAGGAAAUGGAGCUUCGUAUUGAGACGCAGAAGCAAACCUUAAAUGCUCGGGAUGAGUCCAUUAAGAAGCUUUUGGAGAUGUUGCAGAGCAAAGGUCUGUCUGCCAAGGCUACUGAGGAAGACCAUGAAAGAACAAGACGGCUGGCAGAGGCAGAGAUGCAUGUCCACCACCUAGAAAGCCUUUUGGAACAGAAGGAAAAAGAGAACAAUAUGUUGAGAGAGGAGAUACACCGGAGGUUUGAAAAUGCUCCUGAUUCUGCCAAGACCAAGGCUCUGCAAACUGUUAUUGAGAUGAAGGAUUCAAAAAUUUCCUCUAUGGAGCGUGGGCUCCGGGACCUGGAAGAGGAAAUUCAGAUGCUGAAAUCAAAUGGGGCUUUGAGUACUGAAGAACGGGAGGAAGAAAUGAAGCAAAUGGAGGUGUAUCGCAGCCAUUCUAAAUUUAUGAAAAACAAGGUAGAGCAACUGAAGGAGGAACUAAGUUCGAAAGAGGCUCAAGGGGAGGAGCUGAAAAAGAGAGCAGCUGGUCUUCAGGCUGAGGUCUUUGCCAUUGGCCAGGUGAAACAGGAGCUGUCCAGAAAAGACACAGAACUACUCGCCCUACAGACAAAGCUAGAAACGCUCACAAACCAGUUCUCAGACAGUAAACAACACAUUGAGGUGCUGAAGGAGUCCUUGACUGCUAAGGAACAAAGAGCUGCCAUCCUGCAGACCGAGGUGGAUGCUCUCCGAUUGCGUUUGGAAGAAAAGGAAACCAUGCUGAAUAAAAAGACAAAACAAAUUCAGGACAUGGCUGAAGAGAAAGGAACACAAGCUGGAGAGAUACAUGACCUUAAGGACAUGCUGGAUGUGAAGGAGCGGAAGGUUAAUGUUCUUCAGAAGAAGAUUGAAAAUCUUCAAGAGCAACUUAGAGAUAAGGAAAAGCAGAUGAGCAGCUUGAAAGAACGAGUCAAAUCCUUGCAGGCUGACACCACCAACACCGACACUGCCCUUACGACUUUGGAGGAGGCCCUUGCAGAGAAAGAGCGAACAAUUGAACGCUUAAAGGAACAGCGGGACAGAGAUGAGCGAGAGAAGCAAGAGGAAAUUGAUAACUACAAAAAAGAUCUUAAAGACUUGAAAGAAAAAGUCAGCCUGUUGCAAGGCGACCUCUCAGAGAAAGAGGCUUCACUCUUGGAUCUGAAAGAGCAUGCUUCUUCCCUGGCUUCCUCAGGCCUGAAAAAGGACUCAAGACUCAAGACACUGGAGAUUGCUCUGGAACAGAAGAAGGAGGAAUGUUUGAAAAUGGAAUCGCAGCUGAAAAAGGCACAUGAAGCAACAUUGGAAGCUAGAGCCAGUCCAGAGAUGAAUGACCGAAUUCAGCAGUUGGAGAGAGAGAUUGCCAGGUACAAAGAUGAAUCUAGCAAGGCCCAGGCAGAAGUAGACCGCCUUUUGGAAAUCUUGAAGGAAGUGGAAAAUGAGAAGAAUGACAAAGAUAAGAAGAUAGCUGAAUUAGAAAGUCUCACCUCAAGGCAAGUGAAAGACCAGAAUAAGAAGGUAGCAAAUCUGAAGCACAAGGAACAGGUGGAGAAAAAGAAGAGUGCACAGAUGUUAGAGGAGGCCCGGCGGAGGGAAGACAAUCUCAACGACAGCUCCCAGCAGCUGCAGGACAGUCUCCGUAAGAAGGAUGACAGGAUUGAAGAGCUGGAAGAAGCACUGAGAGAAAGUGUACAGAUAACUGCAGAGCGGGAAAUGGUGCUGGCACAAGAGGAAUCAGCCAGGACCAAUGCUGAGAAACAGCUGUUGAGUGAAAUAUUGCAUGAGACCAGUCAUUUGGGCUUUAAGUGGUUCAAGGUGGAGGAGCUAUUGAUGGCCAUGGAGAAAGUAAAGCAGGAACUAGAGUCCAUGAAAGCAAAACUGUCUUCCACUCAGCAGUCUCUGGCAGAAAAGGAAACUCAUUUGACCAAUCUUCGGGCAGAGAGAAGGAAACACUUAGAGGAAGUUCUAGAGAUGAAGCAAGAAGCUCUUCUGGCUGCCAUUAGUGAGAAAGAUGCCAAUAUAGCUCUUUUAGAACUUUCGUCCUCUAAGAAAAAGACCCAAGAGGAAGUGGCUGCACUUAAACGUGAGAAGGAUCGCCUGGUACAGCAGCUCAAACAGCAGACACAAAAUCGAAUGAAGCUAAUGGCCGACAACUACGAAGACGACCACUUCAAGUCCUCCCAUUCCAAUCAAACGAAUCAUAAGCCCUCCCCAGACCAGAUUAUUCAACCCCUGUUAGAACUUGACCAAAAUAGAAGCAAGUUAAAGUUGUAUAUUGGACACCUGACAGCCCUCUGCCAUGACCGAGACCCCCUAAUCCUUCGUGGACUUACUCCACCAGCUUCCUAUAACUUGGACGAUGACCAGGCAGCUUGGGAAAAUGAGCUGCAGAAGAUGACCCAGGAACAGCUUCAGGAUGAGUUGGAAAAAGGCGAACGGGACAAUGCAGAACUGCAGGAGUUUGCCAAUGCCAUUCUUCAGCAGAUAGCAGACCACUGCCCUGACAUCCUGGAGCAAGUGGUCAAUGCACUGGAAGAGUCGUCCUGACCCUGCUUCGUGGGGAGUGACCAGCCCAGCAGCCCCAGAGAGGAGGCAAGAAAGGAAAACUAUGAGGAAUAGGCAUCCAGGAACUUCUUAGCACCAUACACUACAAACCACAUGAUGUCUUGCUCACUUGAAGAAGUGCGAUUCCAGCCUGUUUGUACGUCUGUCAUCUUGCUCCGCCUUUCUGCUUUAAAUGUUGUCUCUACACUAAUGUCCUUGACGUCCAAGGUGGUAAAUGACCACAUCUCUAUGAAGAACUAGCCUCCAAUCAUCAGCACUGGGGAGCUGGGGAAGCUGGUGGCUCUGCUCUUAGAGGGCCGUGAAGUAGAGUCCACUCACCUUCCAUCGUCCUCUGAUGUGAGAACCAAAUCUGAAAUCUCCUCAGAGUUCAGCAUGCUGAGAGAAUCCUCACCGUGGGCCAGAGAGUUAAGUGUUGGAAUAUCACAAUGGGAGCUUUCUUCUAAAAGGGUGUUAAAAAAAAAAAAAAUCUCAAAAUGAGAGGAGGGAAGGAGAUCAGAGACAAUGGAAACCCAACUCUUCUCUUUAUGGUCCUGUUUUCUUCUCCUGUGUAGUGUUUUACACAGGGGGUGCAGACAGGCUUCUUGCAGGCUUAGCAGGCAUUCAACCCCAAGUUUUAAAUCUUCAUCCCAGUCCUGUCUAUCUCACUCUUCUUUGCUGUUCCUCAGUUCACAAGAGGAGGAUGUGAACAGUUCUUCCCCUGCUCUCCCUUGUUUUUAAGACCCUUCUUCUUAUGUUAUUUCAUCACUAGGUCAAAUACCUCUGUUUGAAAGAGAAGAGGGGUGUGACACAUGGAGCCCUGACAUCACCACCUUCAGCCUUGCUGCUCUAGAAAGUGAUCUUCUUUGGGUCAGUUAGGCUGGUUUCUCCGGAACAUCUCCCAGUAUGCUUUCUGCCUCCACACCCCUGUCCCCAGCUUCUGCUCUGCUGACAUGUAUGAUCCAUCCCUCACCCUUUUACUUUAUUCUUGACUUCUCUUUCAGAAUCACAGCCCCAUGCAAUACAUAGAAUCUUCUUUUGACAAAAGUUGAGUUUGACUUAUCCCACAUACAUUCCCUCAAUUAUUUCUGAGAAUAUUUAUGAAAUGGCAACUGCAUACAAGUCAACAUGUUAGACACUCAUUGUUGAAAUGUCUUUUCAGUGAGGAAGAGAUAGAGUGGAUUCUUUGAGACAUCUGAUUGAGUCAAAGCAAUAAAAAGCUUACCUGUCCCCUCCCUCAGCGUUUUUCCCCCCUUGCUGUGCUAGGAAUUGAACUCAGGGCAGCACACAUGCUGGGCAAGUAUCCCCAAGUCCACUCCCCAUCUAGAAAGUAUCUUCUAGAAAAGUCUGUCACAAGUCAGCAUUUCUCAGUAUCAUAGAAUUGGUGGUUUGGGGUGACGGUCCUUUAUUUGCCUGCAGGAUUUGUGGUGGUUCAGAAUUUUUGCUGUUGUUUCCUUUAAAAAGUGUCUGCUUGUAGACAGUGAUUUCUUAACACAUUGCAUUCACCUCAUGGAACUCAGCUCCUUGAUGAAAUCAGAAAGUCAACCCUACAGUAGCAAAUCCAGUUGAAGAAUUGGCAUUUCAGGGGACAUUUUGCCCAAGGCUUAGACAAUGGUAGUUGUGUAAAAUAUAUAUGUCACUGAGAAAUAGAGGGCUUACCCCAAAUCUGGCCCUUUGACCACCUCUACCACCAGGAACCCCCGAACACACAAAUCUUCUCAUAACAGUUGCUGGAAUAAAUGUUUUUGAAUUGCAUUUUCUCCUCUGUCCUUCCCUAGUUACUCACUGAGAGUUCAAUGCUGCCUGUGAAGUCCACUGCAUUACUUAAGCAUUGGCCCAUUGAUUGCCCAAUGGGAUCUUCACAUAGUCUCGUCUCUAGGUUUCCUCCUUCCCUGCCAUAACACAGUCCCUUCCUACUUGAGAAGCUGUGGAGUUCCUUAUCAGAGGUUUAAAUGUACUCUACUCAUAAACCUUUCACUGAGAUACUUCCUGAUGGCUGAGCUGGGCACAGGGGCUACAGGGGCUAGAUGGUAAGUGGUGGUCAUUGGUGGUCAGUUACCUCAGUUCUCUUUAUUUACUGCACUGCUCAUAAAUCAUAGAGAAAGCCCUCAGUAUUUCAGAACUGGAGUAUUAGAAUCUCUUUACCCUCUGUAAUGUAAAGAACUGAGGUAUAAAAACAGCUUCACAGGGCUACAGCAGAGCAGAGAAAAUGGGAGAAGAGCCCAUGUCCACAGAAGCAGCCUGGCACAGGCACUGGCCAGCUUCUCUGGCUAGCAAGGGACAGCAUCAAGAGGCUUCCCUAGACCCACCCCUUUGGCCCUUCUCAUCAGAGGCCAUGCUUGGCACCUUGCCUAUGUACUGUAUUUAUCACUGUCCUCUUUCCCCUUUCAUUUCAGUCUUUCCCAUCACUUCCCUCCAGAAAGACUUAGGAAGCCCUUUGUGACAGGUGCUUCUGGGAGGAAAAAUUUCUGGGACAGACAUCAGCUGUCUGGUAUCUAUGCACCACAGUGGUAAACUCCUUGAUCCUUCUUGGGUGAUGAUCUGGCAUCUCAAAUGAUUGUGGGGACAGUUUAGCUAAAGUUAACAGUGAAUAUGGCCUGCCUUUAUAUUGCAGGGGCACAGUUAAUUUGGUUUCUAUCAUUGAGAGCAUCUUACUGAAUUUAGAUAAUUCAUAGAGCUAACACCUACUAAAUGCGCAACUCCCAUCACACUGGGACUUGUUCCAUGACCCUCUGUCAUUCAUAGUUUCACAAGGCCACUCACUGAUCCAGGAGGUUUAUUGCCUUAAGGACUCACUGCAGGUUGCCUACAACCUUCCUCACAUGUAUCCAUCCCAUUGUCAAGUCUGUUGCCCUUUAGCACUUCACAUCUGCACCCCAAAUCGAGGUCAGGCAUGAGGAGGACUAGAAAGAGAGGGUAUAGAAACCAACCUGGGACUCAUGACAGAAGAAAUACCAUGUGAGUUUCUCAUUUUUUCAUAUACCUCUAUCCCAGGUAUUCAUUGAGUCAUUGGAAAAGUGUCUGAAUUGAGAUUUACGAAGACACGUAUACCAUUUGAAAGGGAAAAGACUUCAAGUGAGCUUUAACAUACUAAGAAAUAUGAAGGGAAUCCCCAGAUCCACCUCAGCACUAACUUUUGUUCUUGUUUGUAUCUUACUGUCAAAGAAUAUCUAAGUGAGUCUCUCUUCCUUAAAUGUGGGCUUUAGAAAUACUAGGAAAGCAGACUGGACCUAAGACCACAAUCAAUGUUGCUAGUGACAAUGUGACUUGCAACUUUUUGUCAAUUGAAAUCUAUUUGGUAUUCCAUGAGGAGCUCAUUGGCUCACCUACUCCCCAGAAUCAAAAGAGGGAGGGGAAGUCACCACAGAGUUUAGUCCACUGAUGUUCUAACAUCCCAUCCCUCAUUGAGGGUCCAGAUUGGCAUUUGGACUUGCUAUUAGGGAAUCCUGCUGGCCCCAGACACAUUGUGCCCACCUGUUUGACUGCAUUACUUACGCAUUGGCCUAUUGAUUACCCAUGGCGUCUUUGAGGAAAGAGCAAAGCAAGAAAUACUUCACCAAUAGAAUGUGACGCUCAUGUGGCCUUUCCUAAGUCCCAGUGGACCCUGUGUCAGCAGUGUCAAUGACUUUCACAUCUGCCUCCCCAGCCUUAUCUCCCUACUGCAGAGAUCAGACCUGAGGAAAAAGGGCAAGAAGAGAAUGGACUGCGUGGCAGCAAGCCGCCCUCUGCAGAGCCCACAGUCCAACCCUCCACCACUGCCAAUCCCUGGGCUUCUCAGGAAAAGACUGGAAACAUUCAAAGAAAUGUUUUUUUAAAGAAUCUGCAAUUUUCCCCCAUGUGAACUAAGACAAGAAGAAAACAUGCAUUAUAGGGGAAUCCUUCUGAACAAAAUGGCUGUCUUCACCUACUCUUUUUAAGCAAAAACUGUUUCCAAACUUUUUAGUGUCAAAACUGUAACCAAGUGUCUCCUGAUUUUUUCCAAUGUGUUUGGCACGUACUGUGACCCUGUUGUAGGUAUUUCUCCUCCUGCCCCUUUCGGAAGAGAAGUGGUUUUAAGGAUUGAUUUGAGGGAGUGGACUUCUGACCCAUCCCACCUCCUCUUUCGUUUCUCUGCUUGUUGAUAUUGUCUGUGUGAUCCAGAGAAUCGGGGCAAUUACUUUGUGUCCAUUGUUGAAAAUAUUAAAAUAUUAAAAAGUAGUUGUAGAACUGAAAAAUUAAAAGAGCUGUGUUUUUAAAAUGCAAACCAAUAUCAUUUUAAUAAAGGAAUUCAAGCUAUGGGGCAGCCAAACUCCUCCCCAUCCUCCCUUUGGCCAAGGUGGCAGCCUGGCCAGCCCCUUGGGAAACACAAUGACCAUACUCCAGGUAGGUGACUGCCUGGAUGCAGCUGACAACUGCUUAGUCAAAGGAAUGAGAAUCUGGGGGUUCAGAGACUCAAUUGUGCCAGGAUUUUCCUAUAUAUCCUCAGGACCUCUGAGUAGAGGUUUUAAAGUUGAUGACCCAGAAGCACCCUCACCCCCAUGUUGGUCCCAGCCCAGUGUGCCUAUACUGUGUGGUAACCUGGGCUUGACUCUGAAGCCCUUGCCUGGCAGGCCACAGGACCUCUUUCCUGCCCACUUGGUGCUAUAUCAUCCAGUGACCAUCCAACAGGGCCGACAUUGGCCUGCCUGGAGCCUGCGAUCCAGGUGCAAUGGAUUGUACUAGAACUCAGUUCCUUCUGAUUUCAGACCCUAGACUUCCUUCCCCUGAAGCUUUUUAGACCCCAAGUUGCCUGGGUCUAGGCACUCUCUCUUGGCCCCAGAGAUGCCAUGGUCAGGAAAGGAAGUGAACCAUGUUGGAGUGAGAUAAUCCACUCCUCGACCAGAGCACUCCAGCCCAGCCCUUCUUUCCAUGCCACAACAGUAUUGCAUCCAUCCUCUAAAGCAGCUAGACCUACCUGGGGCACAUACCAACCUUCUGGGCUGGUCUGCCUCACUGCAGGACCAGGAACCUGCCAUGUACAUCAAGAUGUCCAGGAUGGGGACUUAGGAUUGACUCCCCUGCUUCAGAAGAGACGUGUUGCACUUUAAUGGGGAGCUGGGGAGCACUGGGUACUGGCUCCUUAUAGCUUGAGUCCCUUUUGGUAACAGCAGCAGCAGCCUAAAUGGUGGUAUCUGUGAUCCAAACACACCUGCUGCCUUCAACUGUACAUGUGUGUGAUUGCUGGAGUCGUGUUGCCUACCAGAUAACAACAUUACAAUGAAAUUGUGUUCUGUUCAACUUUGCCUUGAUAAUUAUUGUAUAACACUUUGUUCGUUUUUUCUUUUUUAUUCACAAACUAAAUCCAUCAGGAAAUUAUAAAGUUAUUUAAAA